GGAUUAUAGAAAGAGAUUGAGCGCAAACUCUCUUGAGACGCUGGUUUGCUACUAUGAUUAUUGGUGGAAGGCCCAACGUAGCAUCACCCCACUCAAGGAGGAUGGCGUUUCACCGGCUCUCUGCGAUGUUGCAGCAGAUCUCCGGACCUCUGCGAAUUUCUCAGCCACCAACGAUGUUGUUGCCGCCCCCUCAGGCAAGGGGAAUGUGCUCUUUGGCGACGGGAGAGAAGAUGCAGAGCACGUCUCAACUCAAACGACCAGGCAGGGCGGCUCAGGCAUUGGGAAUCUCUCUGUUCAUCAUUUGGAGCCAGCCAGCCAAGUUCUCGUCCAGAACCAUAUUGGAAACUGCAAGGAGACUAUCGUCCUCGGUAAACACAUCCAGAGGUGGAAAUUGCAGGUCAAAAUGGUUCCAUGUCAGAUUCAAUUCGAACGGCAGAAGAUGAGUAUGAUAUUUACAUUGAAAGUAAAUGUUUUAACUUCAAAAUUAUUGAUUGCGUUACUGUUUGCAUUUCUGAAACGAAGCAUGGAAUAUCGUCUUUUAUCAAUCUCGAUAUUGCUAGGCUUAAUUGGUCGAAGGAUUCCAUACUCGCGAUCUUUUUGAGUAGGAAAUUCGGUACUAGGUUGGAGCUGAAUAAAUCCUUAAUUGUUUUGUAUGAUGCUAAUUUCUUUGGAGGAUUUAUUCGAAUAAUUGAAAAGGGGUGUGAUUCUAUGUUUAUUCCGGAGGGAAGGAAUGGACAAGGGAUAAAUCUUUUUCUUUAGGGGAUUACAAAAGCAAGUACUUUGAUGAAGUCAUUUGUUCCCAAAAAAUUAGCAAUUGAACAUGAUUCGGAUGAUGGCUUGCCGCCACUUGUGGACUUCGGGGUUUUUUGUUCGAACAAAGGAUCAUCUUCUACUGACACAGAAUCAAUAUCCUCUUUAAUCUUCAAAGAAGAUUUGCAUUAUCUUGGGCUUAUGUAUGAAUCGGAUAAUAUUUCAAGGAGUGCUAUUGUGAUUCGGGAUACUUCUCAUCAGGGGACAUUAUUAACUUUUGAAACAAAGGAGAUAGAUGUGUCAGAUAUCCUUGAAACUACUCCUCUUCAAGUUUCUUUUUCACCUCACAAUAUCGAACCUCUUUUAGCGGAUGAAUUGGUUUCUCCCCAAACUGAAGUUUUGGAAUAUAUCAAUAUAAUGCUUCGGGUGGUAAAGAUCUUGAAAUUACGCCUAUUCAGUGUUCAAAGGACACUUUCUGAUCGUGAGCUGCUAGAUCGCGUUGCUGACACUUUCUAGAUUGCUACCUCGACGGAGUGCUCGUCUCAAGGCUAAAAAAAUGGUUGACGCAUAGGGUCGCUCUUUUGGGCAACUUAAUAUAAUUCAACGGGGAGCUUUUCGUUCUCUUUGGGGCGUUGAUUGGUGGUGGAUUUGCGGGGCCUUAUUGGAUUGUUCACUCAUUAGCGAUUUUGUUUCACUUGCUUUCUUUGUUUCACUAGCUUUUUUUCAUCAUUUUGUACUCUUCUUAUUUAAUAAAUAUCAUUUUCUUGUUAAAAAAAAUUUAUCGAACACUUUACACUUCAUGUUUUAAUUUUUUACCUAAUUCUCAAUUGCAGACUUGUAGUUCAUAUGUCAAAUAAUAUACGUUCAGUUUUUUG